AUGGUUGAAAGGGAGAGUGGCUGUAAACUGAAGUAUAUUAGAUCCGAUAAUGGAACUGAAUAUACUUCAUAUCAAUUCAACAAGUAUUGUAAAGAUUUGGGUAUCCAACAACAAUUAACUGGUAAAUACACUCCACAAUGGAACGGGGUUUCUGAGAGGAAGAACAGAAUUGUGAUAAAGAUGGCAAGAUGCAUGUUGGCAAAAAAGAAGAUGCCUAAAUACUUUUGGGCUGAAGCAGUCAAUACCGCUGUCUAUUUGCUAAAUAGUUUAGCAACUAGAGCAGUCCAAGGUAUUACACCAUUUGAAGCAUGGAAGGGUAUCAAGCCGUCUGCAAGAAACUUGAAGGUAUUUGGUUCGGUAUGCUAUGCACAUAUUACUGAUGUUAAAAGAGGAAAAUUAGACAGUAAGUCACAACUGUGUGUUCUGUUGGGCUAUAGUACAAUUGCAAAAGGAUACACAGUAUACAAUGUUAGUAGUAGAAAGGUGAUUGUUAGUAGAGAUCUUGUAGUGGAUGAGUCUAGACAUUAUGAUUGGGAUCGAGAUAGUAUUGUGAAGAACCAAGACUCUCCUGUUUUGAAGAACAAAUCACUAGCAGAAGUUUAUGAGCAAUGUCAUUUUUCUCUUAUUGAACCAUCCUCAUUUGAAGAAGCAGCAAACCACAAAAUGUGGAUUUCAGCAAUGGAGGAGGAACUUUCCAUGAUUAAUAAACAUGGUUGGGAGUUGGUUGAUAGGCCAGAAGAGAAGAAUGUUGUCGGGGUCAAAUGGGUCUAUCGAACAAAGUACAAUCCAGAUGGCUCCAUCUUCAAGAAUAAAGCUAGACAUGUAGUAAAGGUUAUUCUCAGCAGGCUGGAGUGGAUUUUGGAGAAACGUGAAGAAGACAAGGUCUACAAGCUUAAAAGGGCUCUCUAUGGUCUUAAAGAAGCCCCAAGAGCUUGGUUUAGUAGUCUGGAUUCUCAUUUGUUGUCUCAACGCUUCAACAGAAGCCUAAAUAAGCCUACUUUGUACUUCAAAGGGCAACAAUUUUUCUCGGAGCACAAAGAAGCAAGAUAUUGUAGCACAAUCUUCAGCAGAAGUAGAGUAUGUGUCUGCUGCAUCUGCUACAAAUCAAGCAAUCUGGUUAAGAAAGAUCUUGUUGGAAUUAAAUUUGUUGCCAAAACAACCAACAGUGAUCUAUGUGACAAUAAAUCAGCCAUUAUGAUGGCUGAAAAUCCGGGGAAACAUGGAAGAACAAAGAAUAUCAACAUAAGGUUUCAUGCUUUAAGGGAUGCCGAGAAGAAUGGUGAAGUUAAGUUGGUGCAUUACAUCAGUGAUCAGCAGACUGAUGUUCUGACCAAGGCUCUUUCCACUAAGAAGUUUAAGUUUCAAAGGCAAGCAGAAAAUGAUGGAGAAGUACAACUUGCUCAUUGCAGCUCUGAUCAACAGAUUGCGUAA